CGCCGCGUCGCUGCAGUUAUACCCGAGAAUCGGUGCUGAGGCGUCUCCGGUGCUGGGUUGGAGGGUGAUGGCUCGCGGCCUGCGGGUGUGGCGCAACUAGCCGGGAGGGGACGCGAAGCGGGACUUGGAUCAAGAUGUUUUCAAAAUGGGGCUUGUCACUGCAAGGUGUCUAUAUUCUCCUGAGCAUUUACUACUUUGGAGUUUCAGAUGGAUUGCUGAAUAUGUGUGGCUCUAUUGUCCCAGAAUCUCCAGUAGUACUACCAAUUGGUUCCAAUUUUACAGCAUUUUGCAUUCUCAGUGAUCCUUGUCCUACUUAUGGCAGAAUUCGUGCUGAACAAAUUAUCUGGAAAACUAAAACUACACUUGUCCCUAAAGAACAAUAUAGCAUAAUAAACCAAACUGUUUCUAGUGUAACGUUCAGCGAUACUUCUACAUUGGUUUCUCCUCUGACUUGCAACGUUUUACUACCAGGGGAUUUUGUACAGAACAUCUAUGGAAUUCAAAUUGAACUGGGCUUUCCUCCAGAAAAGCCUACAAAUUUGAGCUGCGUUGUGAUUCAGAUACCGGUGACAGACUAUAUUCUACGAUGUUCCUGGGAACCUGGAAGGGAUACAUUUCUACGCACUAAUUAUUCUUUAAAGUCUAGAUGGUCAGAGAAAGAAUUUCCUGAUUGUAUACCCCAAGACACUGAUAAUUUUUGUACCAUUUCUACCGUCACCUUUUUUGUCAACCUGGAAGUGUGGGUGGAAGCCAAAAAUGAACUUGGGAUAGCUGAAUCUGACCACAUUGAAUUUGAUCCCGUAAAAUAUGUGAAAGCUCUGCCUCCACACCAGCUGUCCCUCAAUUCGGGAGAAUUUCCUAGAAUCCUAAAGCUGUCAUGGGAAAACAGAUUUAAUGAAUCACCCCUGGAGCUGAAAUACAAAAUUCAGUAUAAGGCCUUUGAUAGCACUGAUUGGACUGAGAUUCCGCCUGAAGAUACAGCUUCACCUAGAACUUCCUUUACUAUCCAGGAACUCAGGCCAAAUACAAAAUACAUUGUUAGACUGUGUUGUGCAGUUUAUUUGUCAGAGUACUGGAGCAAUUGGAGUAAAGUAGAUGGAUUCACUGCUGAAGACAGACCAUCUAAAGGACCAGCUCUUUGGCGUAACAUUAAAACUUCUGACUCAACAGGAAAUUGGACUUUAGGUCUUCUCUGGAAGGAGUUGAGUCCUUCCGAAGCAAAUGGAAUAAUUUUGAGAUAUGAAGUAUCUAUUUCAGGAAGACGGCCACUUUUUUUUCCAACUAGAUGUUAUACUCUGAACACCACCCAACUUACUUUAAAUGUACAAAGUGGGACAUAUGAUGUGAGCAUUACAGCAUUUAACAAAGUUGGUAAAUCUCCUACGUCGGUUUUGCUUAUUCCAGCAACUAAUUCAAAAGCUCCUGUGAAGAAUAUUGUUGCAUUUCCUGAAGGUGGCAAACUCUGGGUAAAUUGGACAGCUCCCAAAGAGUCAGUCACUAAAUACAUAAUUGAAUGGCAUGAAGCAUGUAGCAAUUUAAGCUGCACUACUGAAUGGCGGCAAGAAUCUGGUUCAAAACAGAGAACAUUUUUAAAAGGAAACAUAAAGCCAUACAAGUGUUACAUAAUAACAGUGUAUCCAUUAUAUAUUGGUGGUCAAGGAGAAGGAAAAUCAACAGAGGCCUACCUUCAACAAGGUGUGCCUACUAAUGGACCCAGUGUUCGAACAAAGAAACUUGGAAAAUUUGAAGCUGUUUUAGAAUGGAAACCUCUUUCAGUGGAGGAGCAAAAUGGGUUUAUCAAAAACUACACCGUUUCUUAUAGGACAGUGACUGGAGAUGAAAAAGUUGAGGCUGUGGACCCUUCAGAAACAGAAUUCUUACUGUCAUCUUUAUCAAGUAACACUUUGUAUAUGGUGCACAUGACUGCAUACACUGAAAGUGGAGGAACAACUGGUCCUCUUUUUACAUUUUCUACAAAUAGAUUUGAGGAUGGGGAAAUUGAAGCAAUAGUUGUUCCUGUCUGUCUAGCAUUUCUGCUGUUUACUUUAUUGGGUGUAUUAUUUUGCUUCCACAAACGAGAUAUCAUUAAGAAACACAUCUGGCCUAAUGUGCCUGAUCCUUCAAAGAGUGUUAUUGCUCAGUGGUCACCACAGACUCCAGCUAAGCAUUUCAAUUCAAAAGAGAUCUAUCCAGAGGGCAGUUUUACUGAUGUCAGUGUUGUAGAAAUUGAAGCUGAGGACAAGAAAUCCCUUUCAGAACAAGACCUGAAGCCUUUUGACUUGCUCAGAAAAGAGAAGAAUGCCUCAGAAGGUCACAGCAGUGGGAUAGGAGGUUCGUCUUGCAUGUCUUCUCCUCGGCAAAGUGUUUCGGAUAGUGAUGAAGGGGAGCCUGCUCAGAACACUUCCAGCACGGUGCAGUACUCCACCGUAAUACCCAGUGGCUACCGGGAUCAGAUACCUUCAGUGCAAGUCUUUGCCAGGUCUGAAUCAACCCAACCUCUCUUAGGUUCAGAAGAGAGACCAGACGAUCAACAGGUGCUUGGAAAUGACAGUUCAACGCCCAGGCAUCACUACUUCAAACAAAAUGGUAGCUGGGAUGGCACGGCCACAGAUUUCGAAAAAGUGAAACAGAUUUCUCCAAUAAGUGAGGAAGAUACUGCUGGGCUUCCAGCAUCACAAAUGGGUGGAUCUGGCCCAGAAACAGAUGCACAGGGAACGGUCUUAGUAGGUACAUUUGCUCCCAGCCUAAUGGAACAGGCUGCGCAGCUUGAAAGUAACACAAUAGAUACAGUAACAAAGGAAGAGAUGCCCAAAAGUUACCUUCCACAGACUGUAAGGCAGGAUGGUUAUAUGCCCCAGUGAAAAGAAGAGAUACUGUUUUGCCAUUGCUCUGAUAAGUUAAAUUGUAUUUAAAAUCUUGCUUCAGGUGAAGCAGCAGGCUCAUUUAUGGAAGCCAAUGUGGACAUCACAGGAUUUGGGAAAUUUCAAUAGACUUUUAACUGGAAAUUUCCAGACUUAUACUGAAUUUUUCCUUCAAGCACUACAUAUAUUCAACUUCAGAGACAUGUUUAUUACAUUUCAGUUUUGUCCUGGGCAUUCCAUUUUGUUUUUAAUGUUGGAUAUAAGGCUAUAUCCAUUUUCAUAAAGAGAGAUAGGCCAGGAGUUGAUGAUUGGGAAUACUUCCCUGCAGUUAAGACUAUAGGAGGUUAAACAGUACAUUAUGAAUGUUCCAUUUGUGAUAGUCUAGCACCAGCCUUUCACAAAUAGUGUUUUAACCAUACUAAGAGUUAUCCUGAGGCAAACAAUUUACUGCCUAUCUGGCCAAACGUAAUUGCUUAGGGCGGAAUAUAAACAUUACAUGGUUCUAACUAUCCCCAUAAUUAACUAACUAGAAAUGUUGUAUUUGCUUGGGGCCUUUCUCUGACCCUAGCAUGCUACUCAUGUCAGCUAAGGACUGCAUUAAUUGAGUGGAUUAGUUACCAGCUAUUUGAGUUAAUGAUUAUGUCAAAAUGUUGACUGGCAACAUUUCUUGUCAGCUUUUGACUGCCAGUAUUUCAUGCCUUUUGUAUCUUGCAGUUUGAGCCAUAUCUACAGAAGUGUAAAUACUAUGUUUGGAACACAAUUCUAUAAAGUUAAAUCUGUGUUUAUGCUUAUUUUUUAUUACCAUAUGAUCAUAAUUAGAGGGCAAUUGUUACUAAAGAGGAAAGUACCCUGUUCUUUUGGUAACUGCUAAAACACCAGGUUCUGGUAUUCCUUCCUGUCCGUAAUUAUGAAGGGUACCAUUAUGUAAUAGAAACUGCACAGCUGGGUUAUUGAGGACACCAUGCUGAGCCACAGUCUUCAUGUCUUGUAGUUUUGUUCUCUCUGACCUAUGAAGAAAUUUAUUUCCUGAAAAUAUCAGCUUGGUAUUUUGGUUCAUACAAGUUUAUUAAAAAAUAAUGUUUCAUUUUCUACAAUGCAUUAACAGCCUGAAUGUGAUUUUGAUGCAGUCCAGGAACACUAAAAUUGUCUAAGAAUUAAAGUUUAUUUGAUCAU